UCAGUCAGUUGGCUCAGCUGCCCCCCAACUGUGUAACCCCAUCAAAUAGCUUCAGCAAACGUGCUCCUGGCAAAAGACUGCCGCCUGGCAGGAGGAAUAUUGAGAGAAAGAAGCGUCGUUCCCAAUCCCCAUCGAAAAAAAAACGAGGGCGUCAGAAAAAACAGCCGAAAGCUGCUACAACAACACAGUCUGAGCCACUGCCAGGUAAAAUGUCACAGCUCGCCUUGGACUCCCAGCACAGUGUCCAGAUGCAGCCAUCAAAUCCGUUGGCACCCAGCUGCAAAUCCAGAAGCUUGACUUCGUCGGGUAAGAGGCGUAGACGUAUUUACAAAGAGCCUGACGCUGUUUCCAUGCAACGAAAUGGGCCUUAUGAGACACAGACCCUCAUAUCCCACCUGCAGCCAUCUGUAGGGUCUCAAAAGCCAUCCGCAUUGGCACCAAAAAACGCCACAGCACGUGGUCAAUCCAAACCCACAUCGGGGACUCAGCGAAGACGUACUCAUAACAAAUCACAAUCUGCGCAGAUCCUAAAAAUAGAUGAACCAAAGCCGCUAAUCAUGUCUUCUUGUGCCGGCCCGGAGCAAGGCGAGUCCUAUUUGAAAAGGAUGAACAGUAAUUGGGAAGCCUCUGUCAUCCCAACAGCUACCGGAGCAGCCACAUCGAUCAGCAGCAGCACUCAAACAUUAUCCUAUCAGUGUAUGAACCUGACUCAGACUCUGUUGCCGGAACGUUAUCCUGCACAUUUUAUACAUCAGUUGCCAACGGAGCCGAAAUAUAUUACCGGAACCAUUAUUCCAGACGAAUUGCAACGUGUAAAUUGUGGAACACCUGCCAACGAAUCAGUUGAAAUGUCCUGUGAGCCAAUUGCGGGCCGUGAAAUGUAUUCCCCAUCGCCACCAAAUGCAGAAUCUUCGGACUCCAGGACGCCAUCGCUGAGUGAAUCGCUUGCCGAAGUGUUUGGCACCAAGAUCAUACGAGAUGUACUUAAUAUUGCGACGCCACGGAUAUAUCGACUGCACGAGGUUCAUCUGCCCGUUGUAGCAUUCAUGCUGGGCGUAGAGCCAGGGCGGCUGCGCUCAGUCUUGGAGCUAACGCAGCGCCUCAGUCUGGAGCAACUGCAGCAAUUGGCACAGGAGUCGCUUGAGUUGAUAAGCGUAAACUCAUACAGCGAUGAAGAGACUGAAUUGAUUGAAAAGCCAUCUUCAUAUAAGCUUACAACAAAAUCUUAAUCAGGUUAAUUUGCAUAUUAUUCUAUUGUGUUUUUUUUGUAAUCGUGUGGAACAGCUUUGGCGCAGCCUAGCGGUUAAAACGGUUGCAUUAUGAUGCACAGUGAGUUGCACAUCUCUAACUGAUAUCGAUAUUUGCCUUUUGAUCAGCGUCUGGUGAGCAUCGCCGCUAGGCGGCGCCACUAUGCGCUGCAUUCGAAGAUUAACAUAUCCUUUUUGAAUUUUUAGUUUGUUUUGAAACUUA